AUGAGGAUACCGAAGUGGGGAUGGGCCGCGUGCGGCGCGGGCCUAUCCGCCGCGUUCCUCGUCCCGGGGACGGCGCGCGCCCACGGAUCGAUCGCUAAUCGCGCGGAGCCUCGGGGAUCGGACAUGAUGACGUGCUUCCUGUACGGCUUCUCGUGGUUCUACGGCGUGAAGCUCUUUCUCAAGCAUCUCUUCUCCCCGUGCGCGCUGUUCCUGGGGAGCAUGUGGCUCCUGACGCGAAUGGGCGUGCUGCCGGAACGGCUCGGGCCCGAGGCGUACGAAGCGUACGUCAAGCCGUGGAUACCAAAGGAGUGGACGGAUGCGAAGUUGGAGGUUAGCGGCGACGCGGUGAAGACGUGCGAACGAAAGUUCUGGGCGUCGGUGCACAGGGCGUUGCCCGCCACCGCGCACCCGACGUGUGAGAAGGUGUUCUUCGCGGGAAUCCUGCUCGCGGGGCUGGUGUGA